AUCGUCGAAAUCCAGUCAAAAUCAAAUCUCAAAAAACAAAACACUGUUCCCCGUCCCCAUUUUUUUCCGGGCAUAAACACGGGGCUCGUCCCGUGCUUGCUCGCCGCCGCCGGCGGGUCGUGCCGAGGCCGCCGCCUCUCCGUCCUCUGCUUCCCCGCCGCUGCCACCCAUAUAUCCCCUUCGCUUCUCCCCCCGCGUCGGGUAUCUGUCGCGGGCGCCUCCUCAUCGCGCUUCUCCGCCGCCGGCGCGGCCGUCUACCCUUUCCGUGCUUCCCCGCCGCUACCGCCGCCGCCAUAUCCAUUCAGAGCGACGGACCUCUUCAGCGUCUGCAGAUUUCUUCCUCUCUCGGUGUGAUUAGGGCUUGGAAGGUACUUGUUUGGUCACACUCUCAGCGCUGAUUGGUGGAGGUGUUGUGGCGCUCUGUUGUCUCUCUCGAAUCCAUAGCGAGAGCGUGGCUGCUGUUUGUACUUUUCUGAACUGUGACGGAAUGGAGUGCAACAAGGAUGAGGCCCUUAGGGCGAAGGAAAUUGCAGAGAGGAAGUUCCAAUCCAGGGACCUGCAGGGGGCCAAGAAAUUCGCCCUCAAGGCCAAGGCUCUCUUUCCGGAUCUUGAAGGUAUUGUGCAGCUGAUCACCACCUUGGAUGUUUACCUUACUUCGGAGGUGAAGAUUGCUGGUGGGAAGGACUGGUACUCUAUCCUUUCCGUGGACAUGUCGGCAGAUGAUGAAACUCUGAAGAAGCAGUACAGGAAGUUGGUGCUCCAGCUCCAUCCCGACAAGAACAAGUCAGUUGGUGCUGAGGGUGCUUUCCAGAUGGUUCAAGAGGCAUGGACGGUGCUGUCCGACAAAACCAAGAGAGCGCUGUUUGACCAAAAAAGGAAAUUGAUUGCAAUGCAACAGAAGACAUCUCAAUCAAAUAAGACAAGUGCAGCCAAUGGCUUUGAACAUUUCGCAGCCAAAGCACCCGCUUCCAAGGCAAGUGCAAACAAGGAAAAGACAGGAUCAGCAACCCCCACCCCCACAGCGCCCGCUUCCUCGCCAUCAGGCUGCUGCUCCAGAGCUCCACCUCCAGCAGCACAACCUACAUUUUGGACCUCAUGCAACAAAUGCAAGAUGAAUUUUGAAUACCUCAGAGAGUAUUUAAAUCGCAAUCUGCUUUGCCCUAGCUGCCGCGAGCCAUUCAUAGCAAAAGAGGUGCCGAUGCCACCACCUGAGGUUGUUCAGGCAGUACGUGAUUCAAACAUCCGCGGUGCAACUGAAGAUGCAAGCACUGGCAGAAAGUUUCAGUGGGGUCUGUUCUCAAGGACAGCUGGUCCAGCUAGUGCUACUGCAUCAUCUGCUGCUGGUGCUCAAGCUGCUAAUAUGGUUCAUCAGACGUAUGAGAAAGUCAAGAGAGAGAGGGAGGAGGCACAAGCUGCAGCAAGAAGGGAAGAAGCUCUUCAGAGGAAGCACAAUCCUCUAAAAAGGAAAGCAAAUGUGUCCGAGAAUGUUAACCAUGGAAUGGGUGAUGUUGCAUCUGGGAAGAAGAUGAAAACUGUGGGUAAAGAUGCUGGAGUUGGUUCUUCCUCCAUUCUCUCAGGUGCAUGGGCCAAUUAUGUUGGAACGCCAGGUGGAACUAUACCAUUUUCAACCAACAGUGGAGCCUUUGAGUUUCAAGGUGCUAAUGGCGUGAUACCCAAUUGGAGACCCAGGCCUUCUACUCGGAUCAGCGUAACUAGGACUUUCUCUAAGAAGGAUAUUAGGAGCAUUUUGAUUGACAAGAUGAAGAGCGAUUUGAGAGAGAAGGUGAAGGAGAUAAGAAGUAAACCAGUCCAAGUUACAGUUAAUGGAAAAGCUAGCGAGAAACAUGUGGUUAACAAACAUGUUGAGGGUAAUGAAAGUCUUGCAUCAGAUGAUUCUACUGCAAACAAAGAUGCCUGUGCUGAUCCAGAGGAGAAUGGUUCUGCUAAUAGCGCAGAUGCUGAAAAUGAAGAUGACAACACUUUCUCCUAUACUGUCCCUGAUCCUGAUUUCCAUGAUUUUGACAAGGAUCGUACCGAGGAAUCUUUUCAGAGUGAUCAAAUUUGGGCUUCAUAUGAUGAUGAAGAUGGUAUGCCUCGUUAUUAUGCAUAUAUUCAGAAAGUUAUCUCCUUGACUCCAUUUAAGGUCAAAAUAAGUUAUCUCGCAUCGAGGACAAAUAGUGAGUUUGGACCACUGAAUUGGGCUUCUUCCGGCUUCAUAAAGACAUGCGGUGAUUUCAGGAUUGGUAAAUAUGAAACCAUUGAUAUAAUCAACAUGUUCUCUCACCAGAUUAAAUGGGAGAAAGGUCCACGUGGGGUGGUCAAAAUUUAUCCACGGAAAGGCGAUAUCUGGGCUUUGUACCGAAAUUGGUCCCCUGAUUGGAGCGGAGAUACUCCUGAUAGUGUGCUUCAUGUUUAUGAUCUGGUUGAGGUACUGGAUGAUUAUGAUGAAGAUAUUGGAAUUUCUGUCAUUCCCUUGAUUAAGGUUACUGGAUUUCGAACAGUUUUCCAGCAUCAUCAGGACCAGGAUGUCAUCAAGAGGAUUCCAAAAGAAGAGAUGUUUCGGUUUUCACACCAGGUUCCCUUUUACAGGAUGUCAGGGGAAGAAGCUCCAAAUGUCCCCAAAGAUAGCUAUGAGGUAGAUCCAGCUGCUAUCUCUAAAGAACUUCUUCAGGGAAUCACAGAAACUGUGAAGGAGGCAGAGGGAACUUCUAAAUGCUGAUUAAAACAGUGAUGCUGACUCGGUUAUGCCUUUGUUGACCUGCCAUUUUGAAUCAAAUAUUUGUUGACAUCUGCUAGUUUCUAUAGUUUCCUAGCCUGUACUACUUUUGACUAUCACCUUUGUAUACAGUUGUUGGUCUGGGGCUAGCCAUUCCUAAAUUAUCUUGUAUGGCAUCUGGGCAUCUGUCUUGUCAUCUCAAAACUUAAACAGUGAUGCUCAUAAUGUGAGUUAGAGACAUAGUCAUUUUGUAUGUCACAAAAACUUGGAAGUGCUGAUACUUCUACAAUAUGUUGUUUUAUCUCUAGCUGUAUGAGGAUGAAGGUUUUGCUA